CCUCAACCCCAUUAUCAUAUUUGUUCCUUCUUUCAUUUUCUCAUAUUCCUUGCUGAUUAAUUUUAUUUUAUUAGCAACAUUCUGAAGUUUUUAAAUCAUAUUAGAUUGGAAGCUUGAGAUUGAAUCCAGUGUUCAUCCAGAAAGGAAUUUUUUCCCUUUUUUUUCUCUGAAUGAUGAACAGUUUCAUGGGAUUCUUAGAGAACAACAAUUAUUCUUGAUUUUAUAAAAUUAUUAUUACAUGUGACGUGAUUGGACAAGAUCUGUAAAAGCAUUUUCGAAAGGAAAUUAUUGAUAUAUUAUUUUGAAUUCACUGUAUUGUAAUUUUCCUAGGAAAUAAAAUAAUUUUGUCUGUGAAGAGGAGAAGACUGAAGACUGAAGACUGAUUCGAUUGAAUGAGAGAGAGGAGGGUUGUGGGGGAAGAGUAGGUUGAGAAUAUGCAGGUGUUGGGGGGGCAUCUUGGUCAGAAAAUAAAUGUAAGAAAAGGACCAGUUUUGGAUUUUUCUAGCGUCUCUAUGUGCUGGGGAGUUUUUCUCAUGUAUGAACAGACAAAAACUAAAGGAGGUGAGAGAAAGUUGUGUGAAGCAAAGAAAGGUAUUACAGAGAGGAAAGAGAAAAGCCCAUAUGCUUUUGGGUUUGUUCUAUCCCCAGUCCAGGUGCUCUUCUCAAUCAUUGCAACAAGUGGUCUGCACAAUAUAGUCAUUUUUGUGGAAAAAUAAAAUGAGCUUCAAUAGCUCCACUAUGGGUUCUGGUAGUAGAACUACUAGAAGAACAUUUGAGUUUGGAAGGACCCAUGUGGUCAGGCCCAAAGGGAAGCAUCAGGCCACUAUAGUUUGGCUACAUGGCCUUGGUGACAAAGGUUCAAGCUGGUCCCAGAUCUUGGAGACCUUGCCUCUUCCAAAUAUCAAAUGGAUUUGCCCAACAGCUCCUACUCGACCUGUAGCAUUACUUGGUGGAUUUCCAUGCACUGCUUGGUUUGAUGUAGGAGAGAUUUCAGAAGACGCUCCUGAUGAUUUGGAAGGUUUAGAUGCUUCGGCAGCUCAUGUUGCAAAUCUGUUAUCAACAGAGCCUGCCAAUAUCAAACUCGGUGUUGGAGGCUUCAGUAUGGGUGCUGCAGUAGCCGUCUACUCUGCAACAUGUCGGGUUUUAGGGCAAUAUGGGAAUGGGAACCCAUACCAAGUCACUCUAAGUGCUAUUGUUGGACUAAGUGGCUGGCUUCCAUGUUCAAGGACCUUGAUGAACCAAAUGGAACGAUCACAUGAGGCUGCAAGGCGCGCAGCAACCUUGCCUAUUUUGCUCUGUCAUGGAAUAGGUGAUGAUGUGGUUGCGUAUAAACAUGGAGAGAAAUCUGCACAGACCUUAAGUGCAGCAGGAUUUCGGAAUCUUACAUUUAGAACCUAUAAUGGGCUUGGCCACUACACCAUCCCUGAAGAGACCGAUGAAGUUUGUAAUUGGCUAACUGCAAGGUUGAUGCUUGACGGGUCCAGGUCGUAAUUGCGGGAAAGCUGGUGAGGAAGCAUAUUAAGGAAUAGAAAAGGCAGUAUAGAGUGGGUGUUGGUAUGGGGUAUAUGGUAUAGCACAAAUCUGUCCUUCCACUUAUUAUUCCCUCUUGAUCUCUCUUUUUUUUUUUUUUCUUUCCUCCCUAAAAUAAAUCUUUUAGUAUUGGCUCAAGUCUGGUAUUUGUUUAGUUGGCUACUUGGAGAAGGUAUUGGUUUUCCCCUUUUCUCUCUAUUUUUAACUUCUAGGGUUUGGGUUAGUUAACGCUCUCUACGGAGAGUUUUGGUGUUUGGGAGACGAUGUAAUUGAGAAUAUUUUCCUUUCUUUAAGGUUGCUGAAGAUUGGAUGUC